AUGUCGAAACGUCCUUCUUCUCCCUCAUUGGAGGGCAAGUCGGCCACGACUUCGGCCCCUUCCCAACUCGACCGCAUCAAGCACGCCGACGGCGACGACGAUAUGGGCGAGUUCGAGGACCAGUUCGAAGACGAAUUCGAUGAAGAAGACGCAGAUGCUAUCCUGGCCGCUCGCGAUCCCCAAGACUCGGACGACGAUGACGACGACGAUGCCGAGACGAUGGAAGUCGAUGGAAUGAAGGUCGACGGCAAGAUCCAACGUCCUGAAGACGACGACGCUGACGCUGCACAGAACCAGGCGCAAGUCUACAUCCCUGGUGUCAACAAGCUCGAAGAAGGUCAGACCCUCGAAGCAGACCAGAGCGCCUAUGAGAUGCUCCACCGCCUCAACGUCACCUGGCCCUGUCUCUCGUUCGACCACCUCAAGGAUCACCUCGGCAACGACAGACAGAACUACCCGCACACCUCCUACAUGGUCGCCGGUACCCAGGCUGACACGCCUUCGCGCAACGAGAUUCUCGUGAUGAAGGCAAGUCACUUGCACAAGACUCAGAACGACGAUGGCCUGUCCGACGACGAGGACGACGACGAGAACGACCUCGACGACGAUGCCAUUCUCGAGUACAAGUCCAUUCCCGUCCAUGGCGGUAUCAACCGCGUCCGUGCUGCUCCCACCUCUACACCCGUCUCAGAUCUAGAACCGUGUCUGGAUCCGUACCCCGUUGCUGCGUGGUCCGAAGUCGGGGAUGUCAAGAUCUUCGACGUUCGGCCGCUGCUCAACUCGCUCGACAGGCCGGGGACGAGCUACGACACGCGCAAGGUCAAUACGCCCAUGUUUACCGUCAAGGCGCACAAUGGCGUUGAGGGGUACGCCAUGGACUGGGCGGGUGUGGUGAACGGCGGCUCUUCGAGUGCGGGUAAAGCAUCGUCAUUGCGGUUGUUGACCGGUGACAUUCACUCGAAGAUCUUUUUGACGACUGCAGGCAAUGCUGGGUUCACGACGAACCCUACGCCGUUUACGUCGCAUACCUCUUCGGUCGAGGAUCUGCAGUGGUCGCCCAAGGAGCCGACGGUGUUCGCGUCUUGUUCCGCGGACCGCUCCAUCCGCGUCUGGGAUGUGCGUGUCAAGAACCGACGCAGCGUUAUCUCGGUCGAGAACUCGCAUGCGCAGGACGUCAACGUUAUCUCCUGGAACCGCGGCACCGACUACCUGCUCGUUUCUGGCGGUGACGAGGGCGCGCUCAAGGUGUGGGAUCUGCGACACUUCAAGCCCAACUCGACCGCCGCUCCGGCGCCUGUGGCGCACUUUGACUGGCACAAGGCGCCCAUCUCGAGCGUCGAAUGGCACCCGACCGAGGACUCGAUCUUCGCCGCGUCCGGUAGGGAUGACCAGGUGACGCUGUGGGAUCUGAGUGUCGAGCAGGACGACGACGAGCAGCAGGCGGGUGCCGAGGCUGGGCUGAAGGACGUGCCCCCGCAGCUGCUGUUCUGCCACCAUGGUCUGACAGACUGCAAGGAGCUCCACUGGCACCCGCAGGUUCCCGGCAUGCUGGCUACCACCGCCCUGGAUGGCUUCAACAUCUUCAAGACCAUCUCGGUCUGA